AUACCUCCCACCCUGUCUCUAUCUCUGUUCUCCCCUCUCUCUCUCCCUCCUCCUUAGCUUUCUCUCUCUUCUUUCUUCUCUUCUUUGCUUAAAGAAAGCAAAGAAGAGAGGAAGAAGAGAACCCCUUCCUAAUCCAACCUCCAAAUUUUUUCACGAAACAUAUACCAAAAAGAUCAAAAACAAACGAAAUCCCAUUUAAUUUUUGAGAAAUUCACGAAAAUAUGUUGGUAGCGAACACCUUUGAUCUAUGGCAGAAAGACAUCUUCUUUUCAGCCGCAGAGGAGGUUCAGGCAUCUGCAGAUAUAAUGGAGUCAGCUUAUAGGACAUGGGUUAGACAGAAGAGGGAAGGGAUAUCAUCCAUUGCUGUAGAUGAGCUUUGUAGGGAGCUUCAAACUGCUUUAGCCACAGCAAAAUGGCAGUUGGAUGAAUUUCAAAGAGCUGUAAGAAUGAGCUACAGAAACGUCGACGAAAUUAGGUCAACGAGACAUGAACAGUUCGUUUCCGCCAUAGCUACCCAGAUUUCAGGAGUCGAAGAAGCAUUGAAAGAGUAUUUCAGUGACGGAGUCAGAAAACCACUUCGUUGGGUGAAUUUGGAUGAAGACGAACGUGAUGACUUAGCUAUGUUUCUCUCCGGGAAUCCAGGAAGCUCAAAUAGCACAAAAGACUCGGAUUCUGAUAUUAAAGAUUCUUCGAAAAAAGAUAGCCCAAAAAAAACAAAUUAUAUCACAAGUUGUAAAGAUGUUAGCCAUGAAGUAUUGGGAACUAGUGAUGGUUCUUCAUGUGAUAAGAAGGCAAGUUCUAGAAGAACAUGGGGUUCACAAGAUGUUGGCACACUAAAGAUUACAAUUGGUCAUGAUAAUGAAGAAAAGAAAUCAUUAAUUGUGAAUAGUGAGUCCACAUCGAAAGAUAAAGGUUAUUUAUGGAGACCAAGAUGUGGGAAUUAUAGGAUCAACCAGAUAUUUAAAAGGGCUGUUGGUGGUCAAAGGCAACUACAGACCUCAAUACAUUUGCACAGAAGUUGUUCAUUUCGAGUCAUGCUUGUUUCCAUGCUAACAAUCUUUUUGAUUGUGCCAUUUGUAUUCAUAAAGUAUUCCAAUUGAGCAUGAUAUUCCCAGUUCUCAUCAACAAGAUAAAAGGAGAGGUUGAAAUCAACAAAGCUAUCAAGACUUCUACAACUAAUAUUCAAAUGUAACCAUGAAAAAACCGAAAAGUUUUCAAGAUUAUAUGGUAUAGCUUCUAGGGCAUGUGGUAGGGUUAUAUACUUGUAAAAGAUGAUGAUGUAAUGUGUGCUUCAUAAAUACAGUUUGUGGAACAAUAUUCUCAGAA